GUCGAAGAUUAUUGUCCUGGAUAUCCCCGGUUCUCGGCACUGGUUGCGUCUCACAACUCAUUCCAGCUCUGUCGCCGGUUCUCCAAUCUACGUGCCCGACUGCUUCUACUGAAGCAAGAUAGGCUAUCGAUGCUCGAAAGGCAACUAGCAGAAAUCGAUACAGAGGAGACCACCGCUCUAUUUCUUGGUAGUAGCCGGUGCGAUAACAAUGUUCAGCGGACAGCGGUUCUCUCAGAUAUAGAUGUUGCUCUGGCUGACUACGGUAAGCUACUUGCAGACGAAUUUGUGGAAAGAAAUCAUAGAAUGAUUAGUUUUGACGUCGCAAAGCCUCGAGAUAUAUUAAACUUGCAGAACUGGGUCAAAGGGAACGCAUGUUUAGCGCGAGAAGAAACGGCCUAUUUGGCAAACGGUCCCGAUUUGAUGAGCAUGGCAUUCUCAGAUGAUCUUGCUUUGACGCGACUGGAGGCUUGGGUGGAAGAUUUCCUCAUCCGUUUUCAUCCGAGAUUCCGUGGCAACAGUUCACUUGCUGGCUCAAGAGACCCCCACGUCUACAUAUUUUCGGGUGUGCUCCUAACCCGGCUGACCAGGACGUUGAUUAUAGUGCUCCUCGUCGUUUUAUUAUUCGUGCCAGUCAUUAUCUGCAAUGCACUGAGCGGCAUAACAUCUCGAAUAGUUGUCAUCGUGAUUGCAUCGAUUUUCUUCAUAAUUACUCUGUCCGGCCUGACUAAAGCAAACACCGGAGCAAUGUUUGUAUCUGGGGCUACGUAA